GACACCUAUCGGAGAAGUUAGAAAUCAAGGUUAAUUUUGGAUUACCAGGUCAGAGGUCUAGCGAUAAGAAAUCUAAUUCUUUAAGAAAACAUACAAAAAAUUACCACGUUUGAGAAUGGCUUCUCUAACAUCUUUAAUUAAAUACACGAAGUUGUUUAUAAACAACGAAUUUGUGGACUCUUUAAGUAAAAAAACUUUCCCAACUCUGAACCCUACAAAUGGAGUAAAAAUCAUCGAUAUUUCCGAAGGGGACAAGGAAGACAUUGAUAGAGCCGUCCAAGCGGCCAAAAUGGCAUUUUCUAGAGCCUCCUCAUGGCGCAAGAUGGACGCCUCUGCCAGAGGCAAACUCAUCAAUAAGCUCGCCGACUUGAUCGAACGCGACAUCAAUUCACUGGCAAAACUGGAGACUCUUGAUAACGGCAAGCCCUUAUCAGACUCAGUGUUUGAUAUCCAGUGUAGCAUCGACGUCUUGCGCUACUAUGGGGGCUAUUGCGAUAAAAUCCACGGUAACACAAUCCCAGCAGACGGCGACUGUUUCUCCCUCACUAGGAAAGAACCGGUGGGUGUCGUGGGCCAGAUCAUCCCCUGGAAUUACCCCAUUAUGAUGCUGAUUUGGAAAUGGGGCCCUGCGCUGGCUGCCGGAUGCACCAUGGUGUUGAAACCGGCCGAGCAAACGCCAAUCACGGCUCUAGCUCUGGCGGCUUUGGUCAAAGAGGCGGGGUUUCCCCCGGGAGUAGUGAAUGUGGUCCCCGGGUACGGGCCCACAGCGGGGGCGGCGCUGGCUCUACACAAAGACGUUAACAAAGUUGCUUUCACUGGAUCCACCAUUGUGGGCAAAAAAAUCAUGGAAUAUAGCGCGCAGUCGAAUUUGAAACGUGUGAGUCUCGAAUUGGGAGGCAAGAGCCCCCUUGUUGUAUUCAAUGACGCUGAUUUGGAUGAGGCUGUGGAAAUCGCCCAUAAUGCGAUUUUUGGUAAUCACGGUCAGAAUUGUUGCGCUGGUUCUCGUACUUUCGUCCAAUCGGUCAUUUACGAGGCUUUUGUACAAAAGGCGGUCCAAAAGGCCAAGCAGAGGAAAGUUGGGGAUCCGUUUGACUCUACUGUGCAACAAGGGCCUCAAAUUGACAAGCCGUCACUCGAUAAAAUCUUGCGACUGAUUGAGUCGGGAAAGAAGGAAGGAGCGAAACUGGAAAUCGGGGGUUCCCGGAUUGGGUCUGAGGGGUACUUUAUCGAACCGACUGUCUUUUCAAAUGUUACUGAUGCUAUGAGUAUUGCAAAAGAAGAGAUUUUUGGGCCUGUACAAAGUAUUUUGAAAUUUGACACCCUGGAGGAGGUUAUUGAAAGGGCCAAUGAUACGUAUUACGGUUUGGCGGCGGGUGUUAUCACCAAAAAUAUUAAUACGGCCCUGGUGUUUGCCCAAGCGGUCCAAGCCGGUUCUGUUUGGGUGAACUGUUACGACUAUAUCCCGCCUCAAACGCCUUUCGGGGGGUACAAAAUGUCCGGAAUUGGGCGUGAAAUGGGGGCCGAGUCUCUGGAUGCGUAUGUGGAAACUAAAACCAUUUCCAUCAAACUGCCAACUAAAGUGUAACCCCUACACUAUUUUUCGGAAUAUAAAAGAAUCUCAAUUCUGUUUUAUUUCAAUUUAAUUAAUUAAUAAACAAUCAACUACAA